AUGGCGCUGCUUUUGGAAAUAUUCUUGUUCACUGUCUUCAAUAUUUUACACGGAUGUCGGUAAGUCAUACACGAUUUUCUGAUGACUAUAAGCUUAGUGUAAAUCCAGAAACAGCGUUCCGUUCAUGUUCUUGCAAUGAAAUCAACAAGGGCUCAGUGGAAAUAAAAUGUUCCAACCAAGACUGGGAUCGAAUCCCCAGUCUUCAGAGGAUCAUCCCAUUAGAUGACCGAUCUUCAAUCAAAUUGGGGACCCUUAUAAUCGAAAGAAGUAGUCUUUCGACAAUUCCGUCAGAUAAUUUUAGAAAUCAGUCCAUUAACUCUUUGAUUCUAUCCAAUAAUCGAAUAUCAACGUUAAAUGUGAAUGCCUUCCGAGGUCUAGAAGACUCCCUACAAGAACUGAACCUUCAGAAUAACCAAAUUACAGUAUUCCCUUUUUGGGCAUUCACUUUUCUACGGAAUCUUGUAUCUUUAAAGCUCCAGGACAAUCAUAUUAACGAUCUUGGAGAUGCAAUUUCAAAAGAGAAUCAAAUGAAGAACCUACGAGUACUCCACCUUGAUCGCAACAAUGUAAGAAUGCAAUUAUGUAUUACACUAGACUUUAGAUCACCAAAAUAGGACUCAAUUCUCUUUCCGGAUUCCCAAUAAAUGUGCUGACACUUUCGGAGAACCAGAUCAGAUCAGUGGAUCCAAACAGUCUCCCACUUUCGUUGGCCGUUCUUGAUUUAUCACAAAACUUAAUCGCUGAAGUAAGAAAAACCCGAUCCUUAAACAAGCUUUAAGAUACCAUUGAUUGCUUUGAAAGAGCUACAACUACUGAGUGAACUGGAUUUACAUGAAAACAGUAUCAAAGAAAUCAAGUCUAACCCCGAAGUAGAAUUCAAGAAUGAUAUAAAGAUCAAUUUGGCAAAUAAUCUUAUAUCCAAACUAAACCACGGUGAUUUCUCUUCGUUCCAAAGGAUAAGCGAACUCGACAUUGCCAUGAAUAAGGUAAUAACAUUAGAAAUUCUGAUACGGUAACCUUUCAGGUUUCGUAUGUGAAUGAAAGAGCGUUCGAAGGAGUUAAAAAACUGGAGAAACUCUCGCUGGCCUUCAAUCAGAUAGAAAAUCUGCAAAAGAACACAUUUGGUAGUUUGGCCAAAACACUAAGGCGACUCAACCUCGGAUACAACGAAUUUGAGGAAGUUCCCGUAGCAUUAGAACCAUUGCUUUCUUUGGAAUCGUUGGAACUUAAUAACAACAAGUUGAAAAGGUAAUGUUACCAAGUAAAACAUAUAGUUUUACAGAAUAAACCACUCAGCAAUCGUUAACUUCAAGCAUACGUUAAAGUCCCUUCGAUUGGAUUUUAAUAAUCUUUUGGAAGUGGAAUCAGAGAUCUUCGAUGGAAUGCAACGAUUAGAAAUUCUCGACAUUUCAAACAAUCAAAUACAAAAUCUGGGAAGGAUGGCAUUCGGAAAUACAAAUGGAGCUGCAGGAAGUCUGCGAGAACUAAAUUUAGCCGGAAAUAAGCUGGAACAUCUUACUGAUGCCGGGAUUUUCCUGUACUUCACUUCAUUGCAGUACCUCAAUCUAAGCUUCAACAAACUCAAGAACAUAACAAGCGAUACAUUGGGAAGAUUAUCAGCGUUGAAAGUAAUCGACCUAAGAGUAAGAAGUAUCCAGUCUCAACCCACCCUCCCUUUUAGAAUAACCAAUUAGGCGCUUAUCCAAAGACCGCAUUAUAUAAUCUGAAGCAACUUCGGAGUGUUCAACUCUCCAGAAAUUGGAUAAAAGAGUUGCCCGUUAGACUGCUCGAACAUAAUCGGGAAGUGACAGAGCUACACUUGAAAGGGAAUCGACUCCAAGUAAUCAACGAUCAAACCUUUCACAAAUCUACGUCACAAAAUCUCAAAUGGCUAGAUCUCUCACAUAACCUUAUUCAAGAGGUCGGGACCGAUGCCUUCGAGGGCUUAUCCACUCUUUCCCAUCUCGAUUUGAGUUCAAACAAACUUCUUCAUCUUAACCCACAGGUUAGUUACUGCCGGAUUAACGUAUUAUAUUGUUUCAGACCUUUAACCAGUUGAACGAAAUCAAGUCAAUUAAUUUGGAGAAUAAUAACAUCAAAGUUAUCCAUGAUUUCGCUUUCAAUCAACUCCCUCUUCUCGUAUAUUUAAACCUUGGGUUCAACCAACUUGAUAAAUUGAGCGAAAAUUCGUUCCAGAAUAUUCCCAAUUUAGAAAAACUGUCGGUUUCCCACAACAACUUCAAAAACUUCGAUUUCAACUUCAUGAACAACAAUGUUCAUAAACUCAAAGUCUUGGAUUUGAGCUACAACAAAUUAUCUAAAUUAGACUUGACCUCAUUACAACAUUCAAUUCAUCAUCUGUCGCUGAAGCAUAACGAUUUUGAAUUCAUUGACAACCGAUUGUUAUCUACGUCAUCCCAAUUGAAGACGUUAGAUCUAUCAUUGAACUCAAUCAUUGAGAUUCAUGUUGAUGCCUUCCAGAAAGCCACAGAUCUUCGGAAUAUUUAUCUGUUCGGGAAUCGACUGUCGACUUUGUGGAGAGAAACAUUUGCGAAUCAAGUGAGUCUUGAACAUGAUUCAUGUCAAUAAUAUUUUAGAAAAAGAUCGAGAUCCUCGAUGUUUCUCACAAUUUCAUUACAAAUGUUGAAACCGGGGUUUUUGGUCGAAACAAUGUAAUCAACUUGAAAUUGGCCCAUAAUCAUUUGAGUUCUACCCCAACCAAAGCUCUGUCACCAAUUCUCGGUAGCCUACUACAUCUAGAUCUGUCGCAUAAUUCAAUCAGGUCUAUUGAGAAAAAUGACUUCCUCGAAUCAGCAGCCUUGGAAACCUUAAACUUGGCCAAUAAUAAGAUCGAAGUCAUUGAAGCGAAUGCCUUUUCCCAGUUAAAAAGGCUCAAAACCCUCGAUUUGAGUGGAAAUCAGAUAACAACCUGGAAUCCAUCGGCAUUCAACGUAAGAAUAGCCGUCAUUUAUAGAAAAAUCUUUCAGAAAAUAAGUAUCUUCUUGGAAGAACUUAAUUUGGCAUCAACUGGACUCUUCUCAAUGCCUAGAAUCCCAGUCAAAAAUUUAAUUUAUCUCAAUCUCAGCAGGUAAAUAGUCCAAAUGUUUAAUAAUACUUGCAGUAACAAAAUAUACGACGUACAAGAAUCAGAAUUGGAGAAUAUCAGAAACCUGAGAGUACUUGAUAUCUCCAGAAACAACCUGAAAGCUUUGCCAAACAGUUUCUCAUCGAAACUACAUAACCUGAAGACCUUAAACCUGAGUCAAAACCCGCUGAAGAAGUUCGAAGAAGACUUUUUUAUGCCGUUAAAUCGCCUGCAGUCCUUAGAACUAUGCGAACUGGAUCAACUUCAAUAUCUCCCUGCUCCCAAAGAAUUCUCGUACCUCACAAAACUGCAAAAUCUACAGGUAAGGUCAGCAUGAUCAGAAAUGUAAAACUGCAACAGAUAUUUGGAAUCCCCCAAUCCGUCAAUUACAAUAUGACGUCUAUCUUAAUGAAUCUCCCGCCGUUACGCUCUCUCCAUAUCCAAAUAAACAGUCACACUUUGGAUAAUCAACUGGCAGAGGUUGAUUCUAGAUUACUCAACCAGCUAAUGAUAACAGGUCCUUCUCUCCGGAUGAUUAAUUCUCAAUUAUUGUCCAAAAUCAAGAGAUUUAGACUUCACUUGAUAAUCAGGAACACUUCAUUGUCUUAUAUGCCACCGAAUUUUUUUCGUCAUCUAAAAGGAAUCCGAUAUCUGAUGCUAAGUCUACCUAAUAACCAAAUUGAGACAAUGGAAGAUCUAUUCAAACAUGGGGCCCCACCUGUUCUCAAUGAAUAUGGGACAAUUCUAGAGUACCUGGACCUAACAGUAAGCUUAGAUUGAAUAAUAACGAUGAAAACUCAGGAAAAUCCUUUAAUUUGCGAUUGCCGGAUGAAAUAUCUGAACGAAUGGAUUUCCUACGCCCGAGAAGAGAUCCCAAGCUGGCCUCAGACGAGGGAUUCUCUUAGUCACGCAAAAUGCAGCAAUCAGGCGAAUGGAGUUGACAAUCUGUUAAACCUUUAUGACAUCACCAAUAUGGAGUAUGCCAAGAAUCUCCGAGAAAAGGAAGAUCAAACCUCUGCAAAGGAUAAGAUGACCUUUAUCCAGAAGGUAUCUCCAAGAAUGCAAUGUCAAGACAACAACGAAGAAAACAAAUUUUUGUUGUUCUUUUCUUGCUCUUGUCAUCUCCAAUUAACUUAUUUAAUUUCUGUCAGCCUUUUCCUUUUCUUAUUCUAA